AUGGUGGUGGAGCUGUGCGAGACGACCGGUGGUGUUGGGGUUGCUGUGUGGUCGGAAGGGAAAGGGGGAUUCCAUGAAGCUCCUUCUUGUUUUGUUGUAGAGUAUCUAGAAGUGGUUGAACCUUCAUUGGAAUUUGUGAUUACGUCAAAGGACAUCACAAACACCGGAGCUCCGGCGACAUUGUUAGUUUUUAACAACGAAAAAGGUUUUUCACCUAAGAAUAUCGAAUCAAUUUGUAGCGUCGGACGUUCUACUAAGAAAGGCAUCCGUAAUCGUGGUUAUAUAGUCGAGAAAGCCGUCGGCUGUUUAAGGAGGAGCUGUCGGAGAGUCGGAGACAACCGGCCAACCACGAAAAACUGCUACGGGAGUCCGUCGCACCUCAGAACCUGGUUCAGUGACUAUUUAACAAGGCUAAUGGAAAGAUUUCUAAAAAGAAAACCAUCAACACGAAUUGGAUUCAAGAGUGUCUUUUUGGUAACAACUCAGCCACACAUUUUCAGUAAUGGCUAUCAGAUCAAAUUUAAUGAAAAACCAUGCCAGCAGUGCAAAGUUGGCUAUAUUGUUCCUGAAUGGGUUGAUGCGAAUGAUCCAAUGCUAUCUGCCAUUAAAACCAUAUAUGGUUCAGCUACUACCCUCCUAUUGCCUACCACAACUCUAGUACUUCCUUUAAAGCCAGAGAAAGUCAAACCAGUCAAGGAUCAGCUCUCAAGUCUCCAUCCUGAACUUCUAUUAUUUCUUUCAAAUAUAAUACGCCUUUCUAGCACGGAUGCUGAUUCGUACACACUUCAUCAUACUACUGAUGAUGAUAUUGGAGGUGAAGUUGAGAGAGAAUGUGGGUACUACUACUACAUGUGGAAACAAAGAUUUCAUGUGAAGCUGGAAAAUAAAGUUGAUGUUAGAAGAGAGGUAGAAGAACGGAUUUUCUAUUGGCUUCACCAAGAAGACGUUUACAUACAACUUCUGUUAUUCAUCGCACAAAGUUGGGGGUCUUGUUUUUACAAGACCAACAUGAAGAAUACACCAUUGAUCAAGUAUGUUGGGAAGGAUGGAAAUGUUGGUUUAGUUACUCCUGUCUCUGCAGGUAGAAACAAGCUGCUGGCUGCAGAUUGUGAUCAUAUAUCAUGGUUGAUUAAUUGGAACACAGAGUUUGGAUGUUCAACUGGUGAAAAGCUUGUUUUGUUUGUUAAAGCUUAUGAUAUUCCAAAUCUAUCUCCCCCGAAUGCUGCUAUUCCUACUCUCUCUUCUCCUCUCACCAAAAGAAACACAUUCUUGCUUCUAGCAUGGGUUCGCAAGUUAAAAAAAACAUCAGGGGUUGGUAUUAAUUUACCAGAAAGGUUUUUAUCUUCAAUAAAAAAUGGCAGCUGGUUGAAGAUUUAUUCGGGUGGAAGUCCCGGGUACGGCCCGCCCGCCGGGUCAUUCAUGCUAGUCUCAGACUCAACAUCAAUCGGGAACCUUGUACAGUAUGCAUCAGGUCUUGUACAUUUUCCUGUGGUAGAUGUGAAGUUUUAUGGUGACGAGAUAAAGAAUUACAAAGAUGAGUUAGAAACGAUUGGUGUUAGGUUUGAGGACAUGGACGCCUGUGAAUUUAUGGGUAAGCGUUUCAUGGAUCUUGCAGCUUCUUCUAAGCUUACCAAAGACAAUGUCCUUUGGAUGCUUAAGCUUAUUAAGUAUCUAGGAGGAGCGGAUCCAAGAAGUGAUUUGUUGAUUAAAAUUAUGAGAGGAGAAAAAUGGGUUAGAACAAGUCAAGGUGAUAUGACUCCUGGCAAUUCUGCUUUGUUCAGUAAGGAGGAAUGGCAAGCUGCUGCAUGUAUAAGUAACAUCCCAUUCAUAGAUGAAGACUACUAUGGUGAAGAGAUACUUUGUUUCAAGGAUGAACUAGAUCUUCUGGUGUGUAUGUGA